GAGGAGGAGCCUUCACUGUGGUCACAGCAGACCAGCUGCCCCAUAAGAGCGCACUGCCAUACGAGCACCACUCAAACAGAAACCUAAAGGCAGAUGCAGACAGAUAGAUAGAUAGAUAGAUAGAUAGAUAGAUAGAUAGAUAGAUAGAUAGAUAGAUAGAUAGAUUGAAAAGAGAGUUGCAGAGAGGUAACAAGUUACGAUGAGAAUGCAGUUCUGCCAGUGACAUUACUUCGUUCUUCUUUUUUUUCUCACACACAACAGAAGACAUGAAGGCGCCUUUGAUCAUCUUCUGCUAUCUACUUGCUGGUGUUCAUUCUGUGGAGUCUGUGAUCGAGGUGACUGGAUAUGUUGGUGGAUCAGCACUGAUCAGAUGCCCCUAUGAUAACGGAUAUGAAGGAAAAUCCAAGUACCUCUGCAGAGGGUCAUGUCCUGUCGGGGGAGGUAAAGUCAUUCCUGUCAGAACUGAAGCAGGCCAGACCAAAGCAGUCAAUGGACGAUUCUCUCUGCAUGAUGACACCACUGCUAGAGUGUUCACUGUGAUCAUCACUGGACUGACAGCAAAGGAUUCUGGGAAGUACUGGUGUGCCAUUACCACAGGAUUAUUAAGGACUGACGUGUAUACUGAAGUGGCAUUAAAGGUUUCACAAGUUCCACCUCCCUCCCCAAUCAUGACUCUCCUACCCUCCACUGAGGACUAUUCUCUCACACCUCCACAACCAUCUACUCCUCUGAUAUCCAACACCUCCCCUUCUGCCCCGGAGACAACCAUUAGCCAAUCAGCUGCUGAGCUUCAGGAGGACACAGAAGACUCUGUGGUCAUACUGGUCCUUUGUGCUGUGGGGAUCGUAGUCUUGGCGACGGUGUGUGGAAUGGCAUUGGUCUUAUACUACAAACAAAAGAGGAAGAAGCAGUUAGCAGUUACAGGAGAUGGCCCCUCCAGUCUUCACAACAGUGUGCAAACAGAGGAGCCCAACGAUUAUGAGAUGUCUUUUGAGCCGGGGAGUGUCCCGGAUGCCAGGGCGUCAGUCAGCUCCAUCUACUGCAAUGCCUCCAACGCUCAGCGACCCUCAGUGCACUCACUCUACUCCACUGUAAGGCCAGUCGCUGAAAGCCCAGAGCAGAACAUCUACUGCAAUUCUCAAGAGGACAUUGUUUUCCCCGACUACUCCAAUGACACUCUGCCUGAAGGAACUACAUCCCCCACAAUGCACUAUUCCAAUAGAGUUGCAGUUGGCACCACUGUCAACACUCUAUCGACACCAGUGGAAGAUGGUGAGAAUGAUAAUUUCUAUUCAAUGUGCAGUUCCCCAAAGUCAAAGUAGCAAGAAUUUUGUUUGUAUUUGUAUUAACUUAUUGUUGCAAAUUAUACAUGAAGAACGCAGGUCUGAGUACUGAGUUUGUGGCAUCUGAAAACAUUGUAAAUAAAGCCUCCAUUGAGAUACCCUUC